AUGCCACAUUUGAAGUCCAUUUGCGCAAUCUUGCUGGCCUUGAGCUUUCUCUCUAAAAGAGCUCAAGCAUUUCCUCCUGUAGAAGGAAGAGAAAUCAUCGGCUAUCGAACAGUUAGCAGAGAAGAAGCCGAAGUUAUUAAUCAGGACAAUAUACCAUCUUACGAAGCAGCAUACCAGGGCUAUUGGCUCCCUCCUAUACUAGGAAGUGGCUUAUACGUAGCGGAGGCAAUUACUUUCGGGCCGGUUAGACCAUCGGAUUGGCUUUGCGCUAUCGAAGCGGAUAGUGGAAAGAUUGCAGCGGCGCAAAAAAUAUACAUCCCAGACGUUCAAUAUUACAAAAAGAGUUACUAUAGUGCGGUUGAAGAAAAGAAGUUACGGACCGGAGACGAAGAAGUCAUCUUGGAAUACAUCGCAUUGAAGAUGGAAAACCCUAAGAAAGCGCUACGCUUCUCCUGGGUCCAUCAUGAAACUUGGAGGUUGCAAAUGGUUAUACCAACUGAUGUAUUAAGAGAUGAUGAUUUAUAUUUAACGGCUAUCUGCUAUGAAACAGAGAAAGAAGUAUUAGAUAAUUCGGGCGCCAGUGUUUCUUGGUCGAGUUGGAAUAUUGAAGGACUUCUUGAAUAA